AUGGUUGUGAUGGAUUACUUCACUAAGUGGCAAGAAGUCUUCGGCAUUCCAAAUCAAGAAGCUUCAAAAGUUGCAGAUAAACUAGUUCAUGAAGUCUUCUGUCGUUUUGGAGUACCCUUAGAGAUUCACAGCGAUCAAGGAAGGAAUUUCGAGUCUCAAAUAUUCCAGGAAACUUGCAGAGUUAUGGGUGCUCAUAAAACACGAACAAAUUCUUACCACCCACAAUCUGAUGGAAUAGUAGAACGAUUUAAUCAGACAUUGGAAAGGUACCUGGCAAAAGUUGUGGAAAAACGGCAACGAGACUGGGACAGGCACAUACAACCGUUUCUGUUGUCAUAUCGAAGCGCUGUUCACGAAAGUACAUCAUUGACGCCAGCUUUCGCAAACUUUGGGAGAGAAUUACGGCUGCCUGCAGACCUGACCACCGGAAUACCACCAGAUGCCCCACGCAGUAUAACCGAUUAUACAAAUGACUUGCGGAACAAAAUGAAUGACAUUUAUGAGCACAUCAGACAGACGGGCCAGCAAACGUCUGAGAAGAUGAAAACACGGUAUGACCGCAAAAUGAACAACAAGGGGUUUGAUGAAGGUUCUCUAGUGUGGUUACACAAUCCAGUUCGCAGCAAAGGGAAAUCUCCUAAGCUUCAAGCUAAAUGGGACGGACCGUACCGGAUUGUGACAAGGAUCAAUGACGUAACCUACCGGAUACAGAAAGGUGCCAGAGGUACUCCUAAGAUUGUCCAUGUAGAUCGACUGGCGCGUUAUUAUGGGGCCAAUAAUGCUCGGGACGAGCAUGUCUUAGGAGGGGGCAGUGUUGCGCGCCACUAUUAA